UUUGGCAGGCACACAUCCCUUCAUUCUUUCUCCUGGCUUAAGGCAACCUCCUCCCCACCUCCCUUCGCUGCAUAAAGGCGCCCAAGAUGGCGGGAGGUUCGGUGUGGUAGGAAGCGUUAGUGGCGUAGGGUAGCUGAGUGUCGAGGUUGAGCAGUUGGUUAGCUGCCGGGACGCUCCUUUCUCGACCAUGAGCAACAUCUACAUCCAGGAGCCCCCCACCAACGGCAAGGUUUUGCUGAGAACAACAGCAGGAGAUAUAGAUAUAGAAUUAUGGUCAAAAGAAGCACCAAAAGCAUGUCGAAAUUUCAUCCAGCUUUGUAUGGAAGAGUAUUACAGUAACACAAUAUUUCACAGAGUAGUGCCUGGCUUUAUAGUGCAGGGAGGUGAUCCUACUGGUACUGGAUCAGGUGGAGAUUCAAUCUAUGGAGCUCCUUUCAAGGAUGAGUUCCAUUCGCGAUUGCGAUUUAAUCGAAGAGGACUUGUUGCUAUGGCGAAUGCUGGGCCCCAUGAUAAUGGGAGUCAGUUUUUCUUUACAUUGGGUCGUGCAGAUGAACUUAACAACAAGCACACAAUCUUUGGAAAGGUUACAGGGGAUACAAUAUAUAACAUGUUGCGCCUGGCUGAAGUAGAAGUUGACAAAGAAGAGAGACCUCUUAGUCCACACAAAAUAAGAAGCACUGAGGUUUUGUUUAAUCCUUUUGACGACAUUGUUCCAAGACUGAAUAGAAAACUGAAGAAGGACAAACCAGAAGAAGAAACUAAAAAAUCUAAAGUAAAAGGCACAAAGAAUUUUAACUUGCUUUCGUUUGGGGAAGAAGCUGAAGAAGAAGAGGAGGAAGUCAGUAGAGUUAGUCAGAGCAUGAAGGGAAAAAGUAAAAGUAGUCAUGAUCUGCUGAAGGAUGAUCCACAUCUAAGCUCAGUUCCUGCUGUCAAAAGUGAAACAGCAAGUGAAGAAGGGGAUGUGAGUGAGGAGGAAGAACAUGAUGAAGAUGCUGAUAGUGUAGAAGGUGAAGCUGCCAGCAGUGAGAGACUUCAAAUAAAGGAGCGCAUUGCCAAGAAGUUGAAAAUUGAUACAAGUGAAAAUGUGGAACAGCAACUUCAAGAGGAAGACACUAAGAUAGAAAAGAAAACCAGUCGCAGUGAGGAGUUACGGAAAGAAGCGCGACAGCUGAAACGUGAACUGCUGGAAGCCAAGCAGAAAAAAGAAGCUUUAAAACCCAAGGAAAAGGAAGAGGAAGAGCCUGCUCCAAACAGUGUUGUUGAAGAGUACCUUCAGGAGAAGAAAAAAUAUGAAGACAAGAGGAAGCAGCAGCCAAAGAAAGGGGUUUCUCGUGAAGAUCAGACACUGGCGCUAUUGGACCGAUUUAAAUCAAAGUUAACCCAGGCAAUUGAAGAAACUCCUGAAAAUGAGGUUUCUGAACCUGAAGCAGAUAAUGAUGAAGGAUGGAUGUCACAUAUACUUCAGUUUGAAGAUAGAAGCAGAAAGGUGAAGGAUGCAAGUAUGCAGGAUGAAGACACUUUUGAGAUCUAUGAUCCACGGAAUCCUGUAACUAAGAGGAGAAGAGAAGAAAGCAAGAAGAUAAUGAGAGAAAAAAAGGAAAGGAGAUAAAAAGAAUGUAAAGCUAGCCAGAGCUGCCUUGGAAAGUGACUGCAGUAAAGCACUGGCUGUUUUCUAAGCUGUAGUUCCUAAAAAUAUCAUGGGACAAGUGUGAAAAAGAAUUUCUCAAGAACCUGUUGUGCAGUUGUGAAGCACAGCUACCACUUGUUUCGUAAGCUGUGCAGUCAAAUGCUCUCAUUGCAUUUAUUGUCCAACCUCUCUGAAAGUUUGUAGAAUUAUAUGUUUAAUAAAACAUCCAACAUGA